AUGCAACAGAUCUUCAAGUUGUAUCACGCCAGCCGGCUAGCCCAGGCUGAAUUUCCUGAUAAAGCCCUUCAAUACUGUGACACCAUCACCAGGGCAGUCAUCUCCUUCCCCAGCAGCAUCAAAAGGAGCUUUAUUGAACGGCUCAUUUUGCUGUCUAACAAUGUGCGAAAAGGGGAAGGAGAAGAACCCAUGUGGCUGCUAGAGCUUUGCCAGCUGCACAGAGUCAAAGUUGCUGAUGCAAAUGCUAAUGCUGACCGAGAGCAGAACUCAACAUCUACCUGCUCUGAAGUGGAGAUUAAGUUUCAGAACUCAGAAAGUGGCUCUAUGAGUGACGAGACCCCCGCUCUCCAGUCUCCAGAUCUGGAGCUGCAAACUGACACAGAGGUUGUGUUUGAUUCGCGGUACACCAUGGGAGAGCUGCUGGGGAAAGGAGGCUUCGGGUCUGUCUAUGCAGGCAUCCGUAAGGAAGAUGGGAAAGAGGUUGCUAUUAAAUAUGUGGACAAGGAUCACUUCAGCAGGCAUGUGAUCAUUCCCGGAGAGACGUGCGAGCUGCCUGUGGAGGUGGCGCUAAUGAAGAUCGUGUCCAUGCCACCUCGCUGUAGCAACGUGGUGGAGCUGCUGGAGUGGUUUGACAUGUUCGAUUGCAUCAUCUUGGUCCUGGAACGACCCAGCCCCUGUAUGGACCUCAGAGAAUUCUGUAAACUUCAGAAUGGUCGUCUGUCUGAAGCACACACUCGAGACAUCAUGCUGCAGGUGGUUCGGGCGGCUCGGCACUGCUGUGACCGUGGAGUGUUACAUCGUGACAUCAAGGCCCAGAAUCUACUAAUCAAUACCGAAACACUGCAAGUCAAACUGAUAGAUUUUGGCUGUGGUGACUUGCUGAAGGACAGCCCGUACAGAAUGUAUGCAGGCACUCUUGCUUUCUGUCCUCCCGAAUGGGUGAUGUUCAAAAGGUAUGAGGGCAUUCCUGCUACCAUCUGGGGUCUGGGUGUACUCUUGUACAAUUUGGUCUGUGGAGACUACCCCUUUAAAUCUGAGAACGACCUUGAAGUUGGGCACCUGAAAUUAUGUCCUGGUGUGUCUCGAGAUUUCCUCGAUCUGAUGAUGUGGUGCCUGGAGCUCAAGCCUGAUUUGCGCCCAUCUUUCGAGGACGUCACCAGGCAUGAGUGGUUCACGGACAGAGUUCAGGACAAAGUCCAGAUCCCUCUUGGAACCAAAGAUGUGCUCAAGCAGGGAACAUGCAAGAACAUAUGGAAGAAUGGAGGUUUCCGUUUGGGAGCAGAGAUGAAGGAGGAACAGUGGAUGAGCUGA